AUGACAAAUGCAACUGCAAUAUAUGCGAAUUACCAAUUUAAUUCAAAGAACCCAGAACAAUUAAUUCCUUAUUUAACCAAUGACGUUUGUUCAGAUAAAGGUAUAUCUCUUUCAAGGAUAGAUGGUGCCUUGACGAAUGUUAUUUACAAAGCUGGCCUUUUAGAUAGACAUGGAAAAUUAACCGGUGAAAAUUUCUUAAUAAGGAUUUAUGACGCACAAAAUGACAGCAUUGUUGAUAGAGACGGUGAAUUAAAUAUAUUAAAAAGAUUGCCGAAGAGUUUUGAUAUGAUUAAAAUCUUAUUUCAUUUUAAAAACGGUAGGGCAGAAAAGUUUUUAAAUAAUUAUAGAGCCAUUAGAAGUAAUGAAAUGAAGUUACUAUAUAAUUUAGAAAAAAUUGCCUAUCGAUUUAAGGAAUUACAUACAUUGACAGAUUUGACAAUACAAGAACAAAAAAAAUAUUUUGGAGAUAAUAAUAGUAUGAAAUUUAAUUGUUUCUGUUGGGAUACUAUUUUCACUUGGAUUGAUACAAUAGAAAAGCAUACAAAAUGGAUUAAUAUGUCAAAUAAUUUAAAUAUUCAAGAGAAUUUCCUUUGCAAAGAUUGGAAUACUUUAAAAGCUGUUAUAUUUCGAUAUAAAGAAUGGUUAAUUAAACAUGAUAAUGUCAGUUUUCGUAAUUUGGCAUUGUGUCAUAACGAUACCCAACAUGGUAAUAUCAUGUUAGAGAAAACAGCCGAUGAAACUUCCAAUAUCAUUUUCAUUGAUUUUGAAUAUGGUGGUGUUGAUUCAAUUUCUUUUGAUUUAGCUAACUUUUUAUCAGAAUGUAUGAAUGAUUAUGAAGCCAUAGAAUCAUAUAUAUGUAAUCCCUUAAAAUAUCCAAAACUAGAUCAAAUUCAAUAUUUUAUUAAAAAAUAUCUGAAACAUUUAAACAAGAAUGAUGUUUCUCAAUCUGAAAUUAUAAAUUUAUAUAAUUCGGUAACAAAAUGGCGAGCUUCUUCCCAAUUAUUUUGGUCCGUGUGGGCGGUCUUAAAAAGUGGUGAACUAAAUAUUUCAAACAAUGAUGUUAAACUUGAUCAAGCUGGUAGAUUUCAAUAUUUAAAAUUUGCUCAAAGUAAAAUGUCCUUAUUUUGGAACGAUAUGAUAAAACUAGGUAUUGCGAACUCUAAUGAUUGUAUCAUGGAUAAGGUGAGGCCUAUGGAUGUACUUUUCAUAUAA